GAAAUGUCUGCACCAUGGCAGGACCUCUGAGGUAUAUAAAGCAGGGGAGAAAACUGAAUCAGCAGAAGGUGUUCACCGCUAGGUGGUGUCAGUUUGCCGCGGGCGGUCAAACCCUGUACCAACAUUAACAAGAGCUUAGUAAACAAAAAAUAAAAAAAUAAAAACUUUACCCAAGGUGUAACUGUCUACGGCAUAGGAUUGAGAGUGAACUAGUCAACAGCAGUAGAAAAACAGAGAGCUUACAUUGCAGACAAUUCUAAUUUGAAUUUGAACUGAUAAAAAAAAAUUAAAUUUGUAGUUCGCUGUGAUAACUUAAGCAGCGAAUUAAAAGAAAUAAGAGAAAUUAAUAUAUUUUGUUAUAUUAGAAUCUAUUUUUAGUAAACAAUUUUAAAAUGCAAGUCCUUCACGUGUUUUUCUUUGGCUCAGCGCUGGUCGCACUCAGCCAGUCCCAAGACAUGACAUCCAUGAUGUUUCAAGCUCUGGGCAUCGAAAUGCCCCCCAUGCCCCCAACCAUGCCCCAGUCGUUGAGGGAGCACCUGUACCCUGCGGAACGCCAGCGACUCUUGAACCGGCAGAGAGCCCUACAGCAGGCAUUUUCCUCCGCCCCAGCCCCGUCCCUCCUGAAGAGCAAUCCCUACAGCACACCAUACAGUGCCAUCAACAGGACACCGGACAAGCAAAAGAUCCUCUACUCCGGGGCCAACACGAUUCGAUCCCCGGGCACUCUCAACACACUAGCUGGAAAAGCUAAUCCAUACAGCAUUUCCCGGGCAUCGGUAUCUGGGUUGCCAAGCGUGAGAAACAAUCCAAUGUACCGCCGACAGGGCGUGCCCAACACAGGCGUGUACCAGACGAUGAGGGUGCUACGAGACCAGCCUAAGAAAAUCAACGAAGCCAAGGCCGCCGGGUGCAAGCUGCCCAUCGACAGCACCGCCGCCAGCGUGUUGAUGUUUGGGGACUGCCGGAACCCCGCCGCUAAGAUGGUGUGUCAGGUGGAACUGAUGACCUGCAUGAACGUGGGCAUGUCGGCUAUGUGCUGCCCUUAUGGGAUGAAUAAAUUAGCGAUGGACACAAUAUCCUACGUGAACAAGCUUCAGCACUUUAUGUCAGAGAUAGCGUAACUCAGCGUCCCUUGGAUUCAUAGCAUUUCUUCCGUUACUCUAUAACUGGUCAUUUAGUCCUAUCUUUAUAUUUUUCAUUUACCGUGUCUCUAGAUAGAAUAUUUGAAAGUUGACUUUUUUCCGCUACUGUUUAAUUAAGGAGCAGAAGAUCAUAAUUUGAUGACUUAUUUUAGAAACAGUUGCCUUUUAAAAACCUCGGUGUUUUGUAAACAUUUGAAAAUAAGCAACAACUUUUUUAUAUUAAAUGAAACACAAUUUUCUUUUAAGUAUAAGUUGUUAUAAUUUAAAAGACCUCAAAUGUUUAUUGUAUUCUAGCUAUCCUUUUACACUGAGAAAAAAAUAAGCAUUGAAAUAUUAAGAAAUUUAAUCAACAAGUUUGAGAUAACUAAUUGAUUAGUUUUUCUUAGUUUCUAGUCUAUUUUUACGUAAUAAUAUUGAAUGUACAUGUGUUUUGACUUAACAUCAUGUAAUAAAUGUUAACGAAAUUAUUUUCUUAGGAGAAAAAACAAUGAUAUAUAGUAUUUGAUAUGAGAUAGUUAUGACGACAAAUUAUAUGUUUAUUUUUAUUUUUAAAAGUAAUGUAUUUUUUUAGUUAAAUGUUGAUUUCAAAUUAACUAGAAAGUCAAAUAUUGAAAAUAAAAUGUAAUUUAUAUAAACGUUCUGUAAGUAGGCAUUCGAUCAGAAUUUAAUGUUUUGAUACCGGUUCCUAAUAUUUUAAUGUUUAACUUGAUUUACUUUACAAAACAUAAUACUCAGUUUUCUUGAAUAAAAGACUGUUUCAGUAAAGCAAUCAACUAAUAGCCAACUUAAUAUACUAUGUUAAUUUUUGUGUAGAUUUAGUUCAUUUUUCAUUUUUUUUAUGGUAAAUGGGAAAAUUUUGUUCCAAUUUUUAAGUCCAGAAUGCAAUUUUAAUAACCUAAAAACUGAAAUAGUUUAAAUAAAGAACAAAGUUUG